CAUUUUUCUCUCUCCUCUCUCUCAAGUCUCAAUGACUCACACUAAUCUCUCUCCUCCAUUUUUGUAAUCAGAAGUUUGAUCAGAAAAUGACGGUCGGAUUAUGUAACGCUAAUCCGGUGGUCCACGCUAAGAAAGAUAGAGUCUCCCGCACUGAAGACACUGCCGCUGACUCCUCCUCCUCCUCCUCCGCCGUUGAUCCUCUCGACGUCUAUGAUCAUGUGAGGGAUAUUAGAGAUCCGGAGCAUCCAUAUUCACUGGAGCAACUCAGUGGUCUUUCUGAGGAUUCUAUUACUGUUGAUGAUAAUCUUGCUCGUAUUUUGAUAACAUUCACCCCAACCGUCCAACAUUGCAGUAUGGCGACUGUUAUUGGCUUGUGCCUAAGAGUUAAGCUAAAGCAUCACUUUCCUCCUCAUUAUAAGGUUGACAUCAAAGUAUCCCCUGGCUCUCAUGCAGAUGAAGGAUCAGUGAACAAACAAUUGAACGAUAAAGAGAGAAUUGCAGCUGCCCUAGAAAAUCCAAACCUUCGCCAGCUUGUGGAUGAAUGCCUCUCUUCCGAUGAAGUAAUUAGCUUCAAUUAGUUGCAGUGUUGUGAUGUAUGUACAGUAAAAACCUUUGUAACUUAGUAUGAAAUAUAGUGAGAAUCUUUUGGCUUGUAUUCUUGUAAUGAUGUUUGUAAGCUGAGAAGUGCACGUCUUCUGCUUUCUAAUGUAAUGUAUGCUACUUGCUGUAUCAUUAAGGGCCUUGAAAUCAGUUCUUAUUGAUCCGUAUAUUGUGCCCGAUUAGUUUGUA